AUAGAUUUUCCGUGUUGAGCUGUCGCGUCGCAAGAUCGGAGGCCGAAACCAAAGACGCUAUAUCCACCUCCGGCACCUUUCCCUUCACGACCUUUUUUUUUUCCAGGAUCCCGAACCGCCGCAGAUAAGAUAAAGAAAGCAGACCCUGCAUAAAAAAAAAAUCAGCCCCUCCACCAGCGUCCACACACAGGGAGCGAUUGAGAUCAACUCGGAUCUCUUUCCACCACCGCCUACCUCAAAUACCUUUUACCUUUAUACACAAAAUUCACCUCGAACAAUCACAAUGUCUCCCCCUGUGACCUCCGACCCCGUCACCACGCCCCAGCGGCCCCCGACCCCCGUCCAUGCCUUUGGCACUCUAGCCGUCCACGCCGGCGCUCCCAUCGACCCCGCGACGGGUGCCGUGAUUGAGGCCAUCUCGCUGUCCACAACAUUCGCCCAGUCGGCUGUUGGCAAGCCCGUGGGCAUCUACGAGUACUCGCGGUCGUCCAACCCCAACCGCGACAACUUCGAGACGGCCGUGGCCGCUCUGGAGCACGCGCGAUAUGCCCUGGCCUUCUCCUCCGGCAGCGCCACCACGGCCACCAUCCUGCAGAGCCUGGCGGCCGGCAGCCAUGUCAUCUCCGUGUCGGACGUCUACGGCGGCACCCACCGCUACUUCACGCAGGUCGCCAAGGCCCACGGCGUCAAGGUCACCUUCACGCCCGAGAUCGAGGUCGACAUUGCCGAGCACAUCAACGACCAGACCCGUCUGAUCUGGAUCGAGACGCCCAGCAACCCGACACUGCGCCUGGUCGACAUCCGCGCCGUGGCCUCUGUCGCCCACAAGCACGGCGUCCUGGUCGUCGUUGACAACACAUUCCUGUCUCCCUACGUCCAGAACCCUCUGGAGCUGGGCGCUGACAUUGUCGUCCACUCCGUCACCAAGUACAUCAACGGCCACAGCGACGUCGUCAUGGGUGUUGCCGCCUUCAACAGCGACAACCUCAAGACCCGCCUGAGCUUCCUCCAGAACGCCAUUGGCGCUGUGCCUUCAGCCUUUGACUCGUGGCUCGCUCACCGUGGUCUUAAGACGCUGCACCUGCGCGCUCGCGAGGCCAGCAAGAACGCCACCACUGUCGCCCACGCCCUUGAGGCCUCUCCCCACGUCAUCGCCGUCAACUACCCCGGCCUUGACUCCCACCCCCACCGCCACAUCGCUCUCAAGCAGCACCGCGAAGGCAUGGGCGGCGGUAUGCUGUCCUUCCGCAUCCGCGGCGGCCACGCCGCUGCCGAGCGCUUCUGCCAGGUCACCAAGAUCUUCACCCUCGCCGAGUCCCUGGGCGGCGUUGAGAGCUUGUGCGAGGUUCCCAGCAGCAUGACCCACGCUGGCAUCCCCCGUGACCAGCGCGAGGCCGUCGGCGUCUUUGACGACCUCGUCAGACUGAGCUGCGGUGUCGAGGAUGCCGAGGAUCUCAAGAACGACGUGCUCCAGGCUCUGGAGCUCGCCGUUUCCUUCACCAAGGGUACCAACGGCACCAACGGCCACUAAUUCACCACUCCCUUCUUCUUUUUUUUAUUUUUUUCUCUUUUCUUUUUAGUCUUUGGUCUUUGGAUGAGUCAUGAGCGUUUUCGAUCAACUCUUAUAGACGGUGAAAGCAGCGUUUAAAGCAGGUCUACCAACCCUGAAACACAGGAAGGGGAAACCAAGCUACAGAUGGGGGGGAAACGGGGGAGGACAAAAAGGCAGUAUUGGUAAUACCAAGCUGGGGCAUGAUACGGCGUGUGAAUGUGAUUUCCCCAAAUACGGGUUAAUCUAUUUGUUAUGCGGUUUUACUAUUUUGGGCUUUUUUUAUUAGGCAUUGGGUGUGUACAGACAACUACUAAGCUGUAGACCGAUGAAUGGGAUCAUGGUUUGAAUGCCU